UUUUUAUUUUGCUGUAGUUACUCAAAUGUGGCUAUAAACAUUAUGACAAAGAUAUUUACGCAUAUGAUGCAGGAGAAACGGAGAAAUCAUGUCAGUGCACAUCGGACAACAUAUAUGCUGAUACGAUACAUCUGUGACAGGCUACUAUAAUGAAUUUAAAGCUGCUUUGUUUAGACCUUUCCCUAAUUAUUCUGUUUCUAUCCCAUUUUUAAGGCAGGUAAUCAGAGCAAUUAAUUCGUUGGUAAACUAUUAUUGUGAAAGUCUUGACCGGAAGCGGUCGCCCUCAUUGCCGCCAUCUUGGCGCUGGUGCUCCGGGCUCAGAUACGAUCAGCAGUUGGCAGGACAGCCGAGCCCGAACACUCCUCGCAAGGGGAUGUGUCGCCGCGCACUGACGUCUGGGAAGGUGUCACCGGACGCCAGUUUUACCUCCAGUUUGACACAUUUUGGAGAGAAUUGCAUCUUUUAUUUCCAGUUAACAGGCGACAGUUCAGCGUGACAGCUCCAAGUUUGAGAAGUGGACCUGUUCUCGUGCGGGACGUGCGGUGGAAGCCGCCCCGCAGGACGCAUCACCUGAAAGUGGGACUUCCAACUUAAUUCGUUUUAAAUAACUGGAGAAAAACGAACGCACCCGGGGCGAAGCUGCAGGAUGAGACGAGGGGAGGAGGAAAACGACUCGGACAUCACGUUACCGUUUGUGCCGACGGCGUGAUUUACAGUUGUUCCACCAUGGAGGAGAAGUUCAACCGACUCCUCUUCAUCCCCAUUGCGGCGGUGCUCUUCUUGAUGAUCGGCUACCAGUACGUGUGCCCGGCGGACAGCAACACCUGCUACUUCAGAAGUGACGAGAAGGGGCUUUUCCAGCGCUACUCAUCGGGGCUCGAGUUGCUGUACACGGAGCCGGAGGCGGACGAGGACCUUCCCUCCAAAAUCACCUCCAAAUUCAACUUCACGGAGCGGGACCUGGACAGGCACGUCGACUUCAACAUCCGCGGGGACGACGUGAUGGUGUUCCUGCACAUCCAGAAGACGGGCGGGACGACGUUCGGGCGGCACCUGGUCAAGAACAUCGAGCUGGAGCAGCCGUGCGACUGCCUGGCCGGCCAGAGGAAGUGCACCUGUCACCGGCCCGGGAGAGCCGAGUCGUGGCUCUUCUCGCGGUUCUCCACGGGAUGGAGUUGCGGCUUGCACGCGGACUGGACCGAGCUCACGAGCUGCGUGCCGGUGGUGAUGAACAAGAGGGACAAGAAGAGCACCCCGAGGAGCAGGAGGAAUUUCUACUACAUCACUAUGCUCCGCGACCCCGUGUCACGCUACCUCAGCGAGUGGAAGCACGUGCAGCGCGGGGCCACCUGGAAAACGGCCCUCCACAUGUGCGACGGCCGCCCGCCCACCCAGGACGAGCUCCCCGCCUGCUACAGCGGCGAAGACUGGACGGGCGUGCCCCUGGCAGACUUCAUGAGCUGCCCGUCCAACCUCGCCAACAACCGGCAGGUUCGCAUGCUGGCCGACCUCAGCCUGGUGGGCUGCUACAACAUGUCCUCCGUCAGCGAGCUGGAGCGAGGCCGCGUGCUGCUCGCCAGCGCCAAGGCCAACCUGCGCAACAUGGCCUUCUACGGCCUGACGGAGUUCCAGCGCAAGACGCAGUACCUGUUCGAGCGGACGUUCGGCCUGCGCUUCAUCCGGGCCUUCACGCAGAUCAACAGCACGCGCGCCGCCAGCGUCGGGAUCAGCGAGAAGGUGCGCUGGCACAUCGAGGGGCUGAACGCCCUCGACGUGGAGCUGUACGAGUACGCCAAGGAGCUGUUCCUGCGCCGCUACCAGUACAACCGCCAGAAGCAGCACCAGGAGGAGCGCCUGAGGAGGUGGCAGGAGAGGCAGCAGAGGCAGCGGAUGCACAGGACCUAUCUGGCUCAGCUGUGGAGACUAGGAGGAAGAGGAGGAGGAGAGGAGGAGGAGGAACAGGAGGAAGUGAAGGUGUUAGGGGAGGUAGCCACGACAGAGGACUACAGCAGCCAGGUGGUGCGGUGGUGAGGAGAGCACAGGAACUAGAAAACACCAACGACUGAUCGCUGUUUGAUUCAUCGUGCUUUACUCUCCUCCCUCCAUCUCUCCUCCGCGGUGAAUCUGCCAAAACCUCCUGCCCUCAUAGCUCUCUGUUGGACUGCCGAAUGGUGUCUUAAUAUUUAUGAUGGAUGUAAUUGUCAUGGCAACAUACACAUGUUGUAUUUAUGUUUCUUUUUUUUCUUACAGCUAUUUUUGGCGCUGCAGUUGUGAAUCGUAUUAAUUUAUUCAUUAGCAAGUGCUUUGAAUGUUCUCAAAGCGGCGAAAAAAAUGUUUCUUAAAAAUUCGCUGACAAUUAGUAGUAACAGAAAAACCAAAAAAAAAAACAGAAUGUGCUUCAAGAGGAAGGCCAGUUUUAGUCUAUUUUAAAACUGGUGAAUGAAUCGAAGGAUCCUCCGUGUCAUGUUUGUGAUCUAGCGCCGUGUUGAUCAGUGAAAUCUUGUAGUUACUCUGUGGUGUUUGGCUUCAUAAGAAUAUCAAAGCACAAACUUUGGCAAUAGUCUGCGGUGUGUUUUUUCUUUUCUUUUCUUUUUUUUUUGUCCCUUUUUUUCCAACUGAUUAAGCUGCAACGUACAGAAACGAUCGAGGCAACUUCUCGCAGGAAAUGUGUUCAAUAAAAAAUAUGCAGCAUCCAGUGAUGUAAAUGUGUCCCUGAUGGACUCUCUCUGGUACGCAUGUGUACAUGAACGUGUUCUGCCUGGCUCCUUUUUUUUUUUUUUUUUUUUUCCCACAGCAUGUUCUCACCAUAAAAAAUCUGAAAUCUU